AUGUCUAAAGAGUCUCUUAGCAAUUCCCCCAGCCAUGUCGAAGAGACUGAUCCAACGCCCCAAGCUGAGACUAUCGUUGAAUAUGAUAGCAAUGGCUUGAGUGGUAUCGUUAGAUCUCCUUAUGUUCUGGGAGCAGCUACUCUGGCUUCACUUGGAGGAUUCUCCUUUGGUUACGACCAAGGUGUGAUCAGUAUCAUCCUUACCAUGAAACAAUUCCACGAUCAAUUCCCUGAAACAGCCCCAGGGCAUCCCCGAUAUGGCUUCAAUGUUGGAUUCAUGACCGGCAUGCUCGAACUUGGUGCCUUUGUUGGAUGUCUUUUCCUCCCGUAUCUCGCCGACCGAAUCUCUCGAAAGUGGGCUAUGACUGUAGCCACUGUUUUCUUUACCAUUGGUGCCAUCAUCCAGACUGCUGCUCAUAACUACGGUACUCUCGUCGCUGGAAGAGCUAUCGGUGGAAUUGGCGUGGGUACUCUGGCCAUGGGUGCGCCACUGUAUAUUUCUGAGAUUUCCCCGCCGAACCUGCGAGGCUCACUCUUGGUUCUCGAAGCCCUUUCUAUUGUCAUUGGAGCUAUCAUUUCCUACUGGAUUACCUACGGCACAAAGGAUAUGGAUAGUGAAUGGUCUUUCCGACUGCCGUUUCUUCUUCAGAUGCCUCCUGCUUUACUGGUCGGCCUCGGCAUUCACUUCUUCCCCUACUCUCCCCGAUGGCUCGUCAUGCGCCAACGAGACGACGACUCUCUUCACGCCCUCGCCCAACUCCGACGUGUCCCUGCAACAGACGACCGGGUGCAAGCCGAGUGGAAGGGCAUUCUCACCGAAGUCCGAUUCCAGCAGGAGAUUCUUUCCCAGGAACAUCCCAAUGAUGGCGGUAUCAUUCUGGAGUUGAAGCAGUGGGGUGACCUAUUCCGACCAAGAUGCCUUAAGCGUACUGCUGUUGCGCUUGGAAUCCCUUUCUUCCAACAGUUCUCUGGAAUCAAUGCGUUCGCUCUCGGGCAGGAUGAUAACAUGGCUCUGAUCCUUUCCGGAAUGGUCAACAUCUGUCAGCUGGCCGCUGGCAUCCCGACCUUUCUCUACCUCGACAAGAUGGGUCGCCGCAAGCUUGCCAUCUUCGGUGGUGCUGCCAUGGCUGUUCCCCACCUCAUCAUGUCCGGUGUCGUCGGAAAGUUUGACGGCAAGUGGGAAGCCAAUCCCGGCAUGGGCUGGUUUGGCGUUGCUCUCAUCUACAUCUACGUUCUCUGCUACGCAUGUUCAUAUGGACCCCUGGCUUGGACCCUCCCCGCUGAAGUAUUCCCCAGCUCCCGCCGAGCCAAGGGUGUAGGAGCUGCUACUGCCAUGGUCUGGCUUGCCAACUUCAUCAUUGGUGUCGUUGUCCCUGAGAUGAUCAUUAAGAUUGGUUGGGGAACUUAUCUCUUCUUUGGAAUCUUCUGCUCUCUUGCUUCUGUCUUUUCUUUCUUCCUUGUACCUGAAACUGCGAACAAGUCUCUUGAGCAAAUCUCUCAGCUGUUUGGGGAUCACGCUGUUGCGGAUGAAGAGGCUGUUUAUGAGCGUAUUAGACGACAGGUUUGGGACGGUCAUGCCUAUGGUGCUGAGCAUGUUGAGGUUAAGCAGAGUGAUAAAGAAACUCCCUGUGCCAAUUGCAAAAAGGCCUCCAUAAGUUGCGCUCGUGCCAAAAAGUUCCGCAUCAAAAAGCUCAUUACGACUGAAAACACAUUCAAGUUUGAUCCGAACCAAACAUGGAUAGAAACUUCAAAUCAAAAGAAAUCAAACGCAAUUUCGUUUGUGGAUGAAACAAACUCCGCUUCUCGCCACUCCCGUACAGCCGCUGAAUCUCCAUCAUCUGAGGAAGGGCCCCAGUCAGAGGGUUUAGAUUUUGCUGCUUCUGUUCUACAGUCGUUAUCGAAAGACAACCAGCAGAUUUCAGAUGAGCAAGAAGCGCUUCCAGAGGAAGCACUUUUAGAAGAGCCCCAAGAUGUUUUUGAAACAUCCCGAAGCCAUGAAGAUGGAGGCUUUAGUGCGCCUCAAGAUCUUUCUCAGUUAUCACUUUCAUCACCAAGUGGAAGGCCAAGCCUUGCUCCCAAUCACCAUGUUUCUUCAUCGGUUCCCGUCCCCUCAACGCAGUGGCAGCACUCCUCACCGAAUGAGGAUGCAAGAAUGUAUCUGAAUCCUGGCAAUACUGAGGAAGGCUCACCCUUUGGUACAUACAACGACAAUCAGCUCUACCAAGCGGAGACGCUGCCUUCAAUCAUGGACCUGGAACUCCAUAACCCUACCUCUUUGUUGAGUGCAAGUUCAACUCAGCCGCUGAACCUGGAAGAAGCCUGUCUGGUACGGUGUUUCGUUGAGAAACUAGCAAGGGCUUUCGAUACCACAGACAGAGAUCACCAUUACAUCUCAGUCGUUCCUCUCCGCGCCGUGCACAGCCCACUGCUUCUCAACGCUAUAUGCACCGCCUCUGCGCGAUUCCUCACUCGGGUCUCCUCAAUCCAAGAUCCAGACAGCAUCAUCGAAUAUGCCGGCGUAAAGCUACCGGACCUGAAUAUGGAAUCAGCUAUACACUACCAUAACAAGUGCAUCUCCCAUCUGAUGGGAGUAUCAGCAGAUCCGAUCAACUCGUGCAGCGAUGAUGCUUUGGCGGCCAUUACAAUAUUGAGGUAUCAUGAGCAGGUUGACACACAUUUUACCGGUACUGAUAACGAAACCUUCUCAAUUGCCGUCCGUGCUGUAUUCCAAUCAUCUCAGAAUGACGCAGAUGGACUCCUCCACCUGAUUCUGCAACCUCCCCGCGGAUCAGAUGUCUAUGCAACGUCUCUUUCUUCUCUCAGGUUUUCGGCCUGUCUUAUUGCACUCCGUCAAGAGAUUUGGUCCGUUCUUAUGCAUCGUCGGCCAUUCCGACUGCCAAUCCUUCCUGUCGAAAACUACGGCAUGUUUGAUGAUACCUUGGCCGCUGAUGACUAUGACUGGACAAAUCGGGUUCUCAUCUGGUGUGCGCACGUUCUCAAAUUCUGCUACCCAGACGAUCAGGAUGAACAGUCGACCGAUAGUCGAACUCGAUCUCAACAAUGGGAGGCUAUCAAGGACUUCCAGAGAAACUGGGAUGAGAAACGACCACCUCAUUUUGCACCACUUUAUUACCGAGAACGCAACCCAUCAGAAGGUCGAUAUUUCCCAGAAUAUUGGAUUACCAGCCCAUGCCAAAUGCUAGCCCUCCAACACAUCGAAUUGGCACGUAUAGUUCUUGCAGUGCAGGACACCAAGAUCCAACUCGGCAUUGGCGGACGAGCUGCGCAUAAAGCACUGGAAGACUUGAUGCGAGAAGCAACCAGACGAGUUUGUGGCUUGGCUAUGUCACAGAAGUGGUGCCAAGAGGGAAUGGUCACAGCUGCUGUUGGACUAUCCAUGUGUGGCGAGUAUUUCCAAGACCCGGGGGAACAGGCUGCGAUUAUGGAGCUGCACAAGGAGGAGCGUCAAUUGAGUUCAAGGAACAUCUUCAAGAUGUCUAUCAAAGCUGUCACUUUGCCAAAGUCUUUGUCCGACCCAAAUCAAUGGGACAAACUCGUGGACCAGUACAAAGAGUUCCGACUGCUCUCUCUGCAACUAUCCCCAGAGUCAUUCAGCUCAAACUAUGCACGCGAGGCGGAGUUUACGAAAGAUAUAUGGGAAGCCCGUUUGAGCAACCCACUCGCGACCAGUAUUAUCAUCGUGUCCGACCCAAACCCCGGUUCAGUUGACGACCUCACGUUGGCUCUGAACGAACCAUGGCUCGCAUCGCUUGUUCUGUAUGGCCCGCUCGAAGCCAAGCAUGCUGCGAAAACAUGGGAGGAUAUGCAAAACUUCGACCCCGGAACUACUUAUUUUGGCCCGAUUGCGGAUGAGAUUGAAUCUGCUUACGUCCUCAAUGCGAUUUACGUUCCUCCGUCUCAGAGGCGCAAAGGCUUGGCGAAUAAGCUGAUCGAGUACGCCAAGGAACUUGCAGCCAGACAAAAUGAAGGCAAAAAGGUCAUGCUGGUUCUUCUUGUCAACUUCAACUCUGUCGCGGCUGUGAGAUGCUACGAGAAGUCGGGAUUUGAGGUCGUUCACGACUAUUGGUUCAAUGAUCCUAAUACUUCUGGAACGACUCGGGGACAUGCAGCUGUCAUGAGAUUGAUUGUCGGCGGGAAUGAUUCUUCAAGCUAG